ACGGGCGGAGAAGACAAACCGGUUCUGUGUACCGUGAUUUGAAUAUGCAAAGCCAAGGAGUGCGAGGCGAGCUCGCUACCUGGAUCAGGCCAACACCCUCGUACUAGACCAAUAGUGGUCCAUUCUUGCCGAGCGCCGAGUCAGUGCAUUUGACGUUCAGGGUCGCCUGAUACACAACAAGCAAGCGGCCGGGUAACAAGGCGGAUCGAUAAAUUGGCUCCAUUGAACUGUAUUGAUUCUGUACUUAAUUUGAUCCGACGGCUGUAGAGGUGUGAAUGAAGAGGGAUACCCCCUGAUAACUGGAUAUUUGUGGAACAAUUUACUAUUACAACUAUGGGCGAAGUUGAUAUCAUCGGCAACCAGGCAAGAUCCCGGGAGGGUCGGGGCUUGUCGGUGAGGGGUGGGGACAGCGACAAGUGGAUCACUAUACAAAAAAACACUUUCCAGAACUGGAUAAACCUACAGCUUCACGGGUCUGGCCUGUCAGUGGACAAUCUACAGGAGGACUUAUGUGAUGGUGUCAAGUUGUGUGUUCUCGUAGCAUCUCUACAGCAGAAACCCAGCAUCGGAAGAGUUAUCAGGAAACCGAAUAACCCACACCAGUACCUUGAAAAUGUCACUCUCGCACUGAAUGCCAUAGCGGCCGACAAUAUACGACUUGUCAACAUCGGAAGUGAAGACAUCGUGAAUGGCAGUCUCAAGUUGAUCCUUGGCCUCAUAUGGCAUCUGAUUCUGCGAUACCAGAUCGGUAAAACCAAGUUCCCUCCGAAGAAGUUGAUGUUAGCAUGGCUGAAGGCAGUGGUACCAGACUGUCACAUUACAAACUUCACAUCCGACUGGAACGAUGGCGUCAAUCUACAUGCCGUCAUCGAGUACUGUCAGCCUGGCCUGUGUCCAGAGUGGCGGCAGCUCAGUCGACAGAACAGACUUGACAACUGUCGCAAUGCCAUGAUGAUCGCCAAGGAUAAGUUUGACAUCCCUCUGGUUGUCCGCCCUGAAGACCUGGCAUCCCCUCACCUGGAUGACCUGUCCGGCAUGACAUAUCUCUCCUACUUCAUGAACGUCGACUCUCCUGGUUACACAGCCACACUUCGCAACGUCAACGCUGUCAAUACACAGGGUGGCAGAAUCAAUGAUUUCACUAGCAGCUGGAAUGAUGGAAGCCACCUGUGCAACUUGGUGAAGUCUCUUGGACAGAGCCCUGGUGCCCUCACACCCAACAAUGUAGACAACAUACAGAGUGGUAUUGACUGUGGGCGGCGACUCGGCGUGGAACCCAUCCUCUCCGCGAAGGAGAUGUCUGACCCCGAGGUCGAGCACCUCGGCAUCAUGGCAUACGCUGCAUACUUCACCCAUCUCAAGCCAGUCAAGUCACUAGCAGACAAGGCUAUCAUAGAUGGGAACUUCAGCAAUGUCUAUGUUGGCCAAGAGAAAACCUUCCGUCUGAACAUUGAUGAUGAUGUUGCGGCUGGAGACUUCCGUGCCGAGGUCAUUGGACCUGACUCCAUCCCCCCUGUGAGGCUGAACUGGUCAGGGCGCACUGCCACAGGGUCAUUCACCCCCUCAGAGAUGGGGCAGCACAGGCUGAACGUGUAUUGUGUGAACGAGCCCCUCGCAUCCUGCCCAAUACCAUUCAAGGUGUCAUCAGACAGGUCAAAGGUCACCUUCCACCCCGUGGACAGGUGUCCCGUAGGUGUCAUUACAGAAUUGAAGGUGGACACAUCGUCAGCAGGCCAGGGAGAUAUCCGUGUGGAGGUUGAGACACCUAACGGCCAUUCCAUGAACCUCCCCGUGGUCUACAGGCAGGGCAUGUACACCGCCAACUUCACUCCUGCAGAAGUCGGUGACCAUCGAAUAUUUGUCAACUAUGACAAUGAGCAGAUAGGUGGCAGUCCAUUUGUGGUCAAGGCGUUUGACCCAUCCAAGGUGAACGUGUUUGGCCUGGAGGGAGGUUCCGUGGGCCGAGCCCUCAGCUUCACAGCUGACAGCCAGACUGCAGGAGAGGGAGAGCUGUCAGUCAGCGUCAUCCACAACGGAGUCACCAUCCCCAGUCAGGUGAUUGCCCGACAGAAUGGGGUGCACAACGUGGACUUCACCCCCCAGGGCGCCGGAGUCUACCGGGUGCAGAUGUACUACAAUAACGUGGAGAUCAGGGGGUCCCCCUACACUCUGGAGAUUGUGGACUCCAGCAUGGUCAGUGUGUCCGGCGAUGGUCUUAGCCUGGUCCCAGUCAACAAGACAGCCAGCUUCAAUGUCCAGACCCGUGGUGCCGGUGGCGGCAAUGUCAGCGUUGACAUCACCUCGCCAUCUGGACAGCAAGUUCCUGCAAGAAUAUCAGGCAAUGGCACCAAUGGCUACACUGUUGAAUACACCCCUCGAGAGAUUGGUACAUAUCUGGUAUCGACAAGCCUGUCAGGUAUACAGAUCAAGGGUAGCCCAUUCCGCGUGAAGACCUACGACCCAAGCCUGGUCAAGGUCUCAAAGAUUCCACAAGGGGUAGUGGGUACACCCACCAAAUUUAUUGUUGAUGCAUCGGCGGCGGGUGAGGGCACGCUAGAGAUUGCUGUGUCGGCCAGCGGUCGCAACAUCCCCAACCAGGCUCGGGCUCUGGGUGGGGGCAGGUUCGAAGUGUCCUUUGUGGGCAGGGAGGCCACCAGACAUAAGGCCGUCCUUACAUACAACGGAGAACACAUCCCAGGUAGCCCAUUCUGGGUGGACUUCAUGGAUGCCAGUCACAUUACUGCCACAGGGGAAGGACUGAGUCUUGUGCCUUGUCAUCGGCAGACACAUUUCACUGUCAACGCCCCUGGUGCAGCCCUGCCAGACCUCAAUAUCAGACUGACAGGUCCAGAUGGGCGGGAGGUCCCGACCCGGAUCCGGGACGUCAAGGGAGAUCAGCACUACAGAGUGGAGUGGACGCCCACUAGCAUAGGAGACUAUAAGGCUGUAAUUGAGUACGCCGACAUGCCAAUCAAAGGGAGUCCCUUCACUGUGAAGGCCUUUGAUGCUGCCAAUGUGAAAAUCUCCAAGAUUAAUCAAGGAUUCCUGGGAAGACCCAACUCUUUUACAUUGGAUGCUAGCGAGGCUGGGGAUGGGAACCUGGAGAUACAGGUAACAGCUGAUGGGGAGAGCGUCCCCAACUACGUCCGCCAGGAGUCCGACACCAACUUCCGUGUCAGCUUCACCCCGCAGCGCCCCUCGAAGCACCACAUCAGCGUCCGCUUCAACGGAGAACCUGUGCCAGGCAGCCCCUUCAACUGCAGUGUGCUGGACAGUGACCGGAUCCAUGUGUCCGGGGAGGGCAUCAAGAUGGUGCCGGCCAAUGUCCUCACCACCUUCAAGGUCGACCCGAAGGGCGAGGGGGAUGGGGACCUCAGUGUCAGGGUCUACUCUCCGAGUGGACAUGAGGUUCCCGUGCGAGUGUCCGGCAACGCCCGGUCGGCGUUCAGGGCAGACUACACACCACACGACAUCGGCCCGUACAAGGUACAUGUGGAGUACAGCGGGGUGGAGAUCAAGGGCAGCCCCUUCACCUGUAACGUGUACGACCCCUCCCUCAUCAGGGUGACCAGCCCCGGACGUGGCUACCUCGGCAGACCCAUCCACUUCCAGAUUGACACAUCAGCUGCUGGAACUGGUGACCUUGAAGCAGAGGUCAAAUGUCGUGGGAGCAACGUAGCCAGUCAUAUCCGAGAGAUUGGGCGGAACCGCUAUGAGUUGAGCUUCACUCCGCGGGACCUGUCCACCCACAUAGUGACCAUCCUGUUUAACCGCUUCCCCCUCCCAGGGUCCCCCUAUCACGUUGACAUCAUCGACAGCAACAGCGUUACCAUGAGCGGUGAGGGACUACACACAGCCCAGGUGUACAAGGAGACGUGGUUUAACCUUGACCUUCAUGGCAUGGAUGAGAAUGACCUUGAAGUUCAUAUCACCAGUCCCUCGGGCUCGGAGAUCCCGUGCCGCCUCAGUAAGAAGGGCCAUGUGUGUCGGGCGGAGUACACUCCCCUGGAGGUGGGGCAGCACAUGAUUGAUGUGUACUUUGCCGGCACUCGACUCCAAGGCAGUCCCUUCGUCAGCCAGGCAUACGACCCAAGUCUUGUGCGCAUCACGGACGUAGAUAAGACAGCCAAGAAGGAAAGGGAGAUUGCAUUCACAGUCGAUGCGUCGGCAGCUGGGGUGGGAGACCUUGAUGCUGUAGUGACCCACCAUGGACGCAGCAUCCACACCUACCGUGAGACCAUCGGCGACGGCCGCUACAGAUACACCUUCACGCCUACUGAAGUGGGGCACUAUGAUGUCAAUGUCAAGUUUAAUGAUGAACAGAUUCCGGGUUGUCCUGUGGUUGUGAACGUGGAAGAACAAGUGCCGACCUUCAUCACCAUCAACUUCCGCGGCGUAGAGGCGCUCAACGUGCGUGACCGCAAUCACUUCAUCCUCCACAUGGACGGACACCAUGUUGACUCCGAUGCAUUGCAGACACGCAUCAAAGCUCCGAGUGGAGAACUGGUUCCUGCAAAUCUUGUGCGCCAGUCUGAUGGGGACUACAAAGUUGAAUGGACCCCAAAUAUGGCAGGCAGACAUUCUGUUGACGUGCUGUUUGCCGGCCAGCAGAUUCAGGGGAGUCCGUUCUUCAUUAACGUGUUUGACAUCAACAAGAUCAGGGUGGACAACUUCUACAAUGGUGGUUUGGAGGAGACGGCUGGGUUCAAUGUUGACUGCAGUCAGGCUGGGAAGGCCGACCAGAGCAUCUGGGUGGUCAGUCCGUCCGGCCGCAAUGUUCCCGUGGACAUCCAGGAGAACAGGCCAGCGGAGUAUGCGGUCAGCUACGUCCCACACGAGGUUGGGCGACACAAGGUGCACUUGACGUAUGGCGCCAUGGAACAUCCAGGAAGCCCAUUCACCCAGGAGAUCGGGGAGGGAGCUCUGGCUACUGCCCACGGAGAUGGGUUGUACCGUGGCGAGGAGGACAAGCCAGCUACCUUCUUCGUGGAGGCUGGCGGGAUUACUGGCGAACCCACCAUACAAGUCGAUGAUUACGCUUCAGUAGAAGACAUCAGAGCUAUAUCCCUACAGGCUGAGGCUGUUGGCAGUGUAGAGGAAGCUGCUGACAUGCACAUCAGUCAGUCAUCUGUGACGAGAACUAGCGUCACGGCUGUACAUUCUCACUACGACGAAGGGGACAUGAUGAGGCAGUAUCAAGUUGACGAGGCUGGCAAUGAAAUUAGGGAUAGUAGGGACAAGAUGUACAGGAGAAGCGAUGCAGUGGAUGGGGACAGUAUGAGGCAGUAUCAAGUUGACGAGGAUGGCUUUGAAAUUGAGGGUGGUGGGGACAAGAUGUACAGGAGAAGCGAUGCAAUGGAUGGGGACUUGAGACAGUAUGAAAUUGACGAGGCUGGCUUUGAAAUUGAGGGUGGUGGGGACAAGAUGUACAGGAAGAGUCAAGUUGAGGAUGAUGUGGAAACAACGUCGAUGAUUGUCAAAAUGGAAGAGGAAGGGGAUUUACAAGCUGCUGUGUCGUCAAUCACAGCCGUCCGAACAUCUGUUGUAAUGGUGGAGGGUAGCCCAUUCCACCCUCGUAUCGUUGAUGCACGCAAGGUCCGAGUGAUUGGCGGCUGGCAGCACUAUAUGGACUCGAACGAACGUAUCCACCUGGUGGUUGGAGAGGAGAAACACAUCCCAUUUGAGACGGCCGAGGCAGGACCAGGCAAGUUGACAGCGGAGGUGCGAGGUCCUAGCGGGUCCAUCGUGCCGUGCACUGUGGACGACAGCUACAACGGCAAAAGCACCGUCAUCUUCACCCCUAGAGAAGAAGGUCAUCAUAACAUCCACCUGAACUGGUCGGACCAUCCUCUGUCCGGUUCUGCAUUCUCCGCCUUUGCUACUGGGGGCUUCCAUGACAUCACCAAGAUCAUCCUCUCUGGCCGGGGACUGAAGGAGGCUACAGUCCGAGAAGAGGCCAAGUUCUUCAUUGAUGGCUCCCAGGCUGGCAGAGGUGAGCCCCAGGUGCAGCUUACAGGAGUAAGGGCAGAGGUCAACGUCAUCACGUCGCCACUUGGCGGCGGCAAGUACAGAUGUACUUACAUUCCUGUCAUCCCUGGAGCGUAUCUCCUCCACAUCACCUGGAAUGGCCGACAGGUCAAGGGGGCUCCAUUCAAGGUCAACGUCAUUGGUGCUUUCUACCCAAACAAGGUUGCUGUGAGCGGUGAAGGUUUAAAGGGAGGUCUUUUGGGUCGUGACCUUGACAUCAGAAUUGACACAAGGAAAGCAGGGCCAGGUGAGCUAACAGCAUUCUGCAGUGGUCCCAACAAGGUGGCCUACUGUGACCUCGAGGACAACAGGGAUGGCACCUUCCGUCUCUUAGUCAAGGCUCAGGAACCAGGAAGACAUGUUCUGCAGGUCAAAUAUGGCGGCGAGCAUGUUCUAGGAAGCCCCUUUGUUUUCCGAGUAUCUGCACAACCAGAUGCCAGCAAAGUGCGCGUGAGUGGGCCCGGCGUGGAGCAUGGUAUCCUAGCAACCUUCCAGUCCCGCUUUAUUGUGGAGACCCGCGGCGCUGGUGCCGGACAGCUCAUGGUCAGGAUCAGAGGACCUAAAGGGGCGUUCCAAGUGGAAAUGUACAGAGAUAGCCAAAAGGAUAGGACGAUUCUCUGUCGCUUUGAUCCAACGGAGACUGGGCUGUAUAUCAUCCAUGUGAAGUGGUCAAACGUGGAUGUGCCGGGCAGUCCGUUCCAAGUGCACAUUGUGGACACUCAGCUAGAGCUGGAACAAGUCUUGCAAGAACAGUCCUACUCAAGCAACACACUACCCAGCUCACGCAGUUACAGUCAGUGGAGGGAGGAGUUUUAAAAAACUUUUAAAAAAAUUCUAUAUAAUUUAAAAUGAUUUCUGAUCAAAAGAAACAAAUUAAUAUCAGCAUAGAUAACAAAUUUAAUUAUGAUUUACGUUAUAUUUGUUUUUCAAAUCAAAAUUUUUGAAAACAUUUAUGAAAUGAAAAUUAUGGAACCACAUCUUCAUUAGACUAUGCAAUGUAUAUUUUCAGAUUGAAAUAAUCCUCCAGGGAAAUGUAUGAACAAAUGUUCGUUACCAUGGUAUCUAGAUCUGAAUUUAUCAUUUCCAUGACAAAAAUAUUUCAUAUUUGUAUUUUUAUAAUUCAACAUAUUGUUCUACAUCUCGUUUGUUCCUUGUUCAAUAUGUUGUGAAUAAUGAUCAAAUGUAAUGUAUAUAUGUGUCCGUUUAUGAACUGCAAAUGACUGUGGUAUAGUGUAUUUUUCUAUUUCCAUUGUUUAUCUUCAGUGCUGGCAACAUCGUCAUGUUUUGCAUGUACUUAAAUGACUCAUUGUUGCUGAUAUCAAGCAUGUGAUAUUUCAUACACCACACUUCAAUGAUGAGAUUAUAAUCUGUACUCAUUCCCAUUACUGGGUGAAAGGGAAGGCUUCAAUAUCUUUUUAUACAUUCAUUAUUUCUUAAUUUUCUAUUCUUUGUCCACGUUUUCUAUCAUUCAUCAUGUCAUUUGGCUGCAAGAACAUUUCCAUUAGAAAUUUGUCCCUCAUACAGCAAAAUACCGUGCAGACUAUAGAGAAGUGAUCAUGAAAUACUCUGUAGUUUAGUGUUGAAAUUGAUCAGAAUUUGUUAGAUAGAAGCAAGUUGGCCUUAUGUGCUGAGGCAAUAUUGAUACAGACUUAAUACACAAUUUAUUAGAAAUAAGCGAUUUGGCGUUCUGUGCUGAGGCGAUAUUGAUACAGACUUAAUACACGAUCAUUGAGCAAAUAGAGUAUCAUAUGUCUGUUGGUAACCAAAGGUGACAAUAUGUUGCUAUGACGGCUGAGACCACCGGGUGUAACAUCAAUGAUAAUGAUGCAUAGUCAUAAUUAACCUGUAAUUUGCAUAUAUUACAAUCAUGUAUUCAAGAAUUGUACAUUGUGGAUGAGUGACUGUAGAAUAAAACAGAUAUAGUAGCCAAAAGUAUUUAUUUGUAACAGAUUUAUUUCUUGUACAAUGUUAAAGCUCUGGAUGACUAGUCUAAGCAUAGAUGUAAAUGAGAUCUCUUUUGUACAUAACAUAGGCAUUUGUCACUACUGCUACAAUAUCAAAUAUUUUUCAUAAUUUAGAGGAUGAUUCAGUUGCUUCAAAAUAUAAUGAAAUCAAUUCUCUUGUGAUACACACUUUUCUUUCAAGUCUGAUAUCGUAUAUUGGUGAUAAUUUGCUUUAUUAUUGACUGUUCCGUAGGCAUGGUUUUUAUAUCAGCAUAAUUGUGUCAUUAAUCUUUGAUAUUAUAUAGCAGACUAAGCAUACAGUGCUAGAGGUCUUAUAAAUACUUGACACAGAUUGGUUGUAUGUUAUGCUAGGCAUGGCUGUAUCUGUCAUAAUCAAUAAACUAUAAUUCAUA